AUGGGUGGUCUUCAUCAUAUAUCAUGGUUCCAGUUUCUCCCUAAUGAAUCUGAUUUGAACUCUUUACCUGAUAAGAGGCAAGAAUCAUUUGGAUCCCUCAUCUUUGCCUUUGAUUUGAUCUCAAGGCCAUCUAAAACAUUUGGAAUGAUAUUUUCAUGGUUGGACAGUGUAAAAGUAGAGCAGAAAGAUGUUGCUACAUGGCUUGUGCUUUCGGCUCAUUUGCAGUUGCAGAAGGAGGGAUUUCUAAGCACAUGGACCAAUUCCUUUGUUGGACCUUGGGAUCCAUCACAAGGUCUACAUAAUCCUGAUGAGAAAAUAAAGCUCUGGCUUUUCCUUCCUGGACGUUGUUCAUCUGUAGGUGAUAAGGCUCAAGCUGCAGUGUCUAGAUUAAGAGGUUAUGAAUUUGUUGCAUCUGGAGUUUGGGUAGCUCCUGGGGACUCUGAAGAGGUUGCAGCAGCCCUUUCUCAGUCUCUGAGGAAUUACAUAGAGAGAGCAUUGGCCGGGUAUUCAUACAUGAGGAAAGGACAGCCCACAAUUGAAUUCAUCUUUUCCGCCUCUGAAGAGGCAAUCUUUGUGCACGUGAUAAUAUCUGCAAAGAAUAUCCGAGCACUUUCAAAUGGUGAUGUGGAAAGAGUGUUAAAACAUUCUUCUACUAAUUCCAGUUAUAGGCUUCCAGUGAUUGCUGCUCCUCAUGGAAUUCGUGGUUCACUGACAGGAUGUUGUCCAAGUGAUCUUGUCAAGCAAGUGUAUUUGAGUUCUGGCAAGUCUAGGACAUUGAAUGGAUUUAUUGGCCUCCCAUAUCAUGUUGCUCAAGGGCCUGCCUGCCAGCUGAGGGGACAAAAUUGCUAUGUUGAAAUUACACUAGGUUGCCUGAGGUCUGAGAGUGACAAGGCAUUGCAAACAAACUUGCAGUUAACUAAGAAUUCAUCCAAGAAUCAUAAUGCAGAAUCUGCUGCAGUAAGGAGAGGUGAUCAGAAGGUAUCACCUGAUCACUUAUCAGCUCAUGAGAAAGCAUUUAUUUAUCCAACUGAGGCAGUUGUUGUUCCAAUUUUGGCUGCAAAACUGGAUUGGGCCAUCACUGCCUGGUUCAUCGUUCUUUAUGCAUUGGUUAGUUAUGUUCAUGCUUUUCGAAGAAAAAUUGCUGAUACUGCUUUACUUGAGAAAUUAUGCUGUGAAAGUUCUCAUGGUGGUGAUACAGACUUUCUGGAAGGAUCUUGGAUUGAAUCUAAUGGAGUACGUAUGCAGCAUGGCUAUAACAGUAGUAGCAAUAGUAAUAGUAGCAGCAUCAGCUCCAUAAGCAGCGGCUCUAGUGAUAGUGAUUACAAGAUGACCACCGGUGAGCUUGAGGCUGAUGCUGAUUCAUUGUCAUGCAGACAAUCUGGUUUAUCUUCCAAUGAUCAGAUGGAAAAUGAUGGCCUCAAAUUGGGUUCUAAGCGUCAUCGAACAGGGAUGACUGAGCCAUUUGGUCAUGUGGGCAUGGUUAAAAAUGCUCCUAUGCAAGAUUUUGGUUCAGUCGAAGUUAAUGAUUCAGCUAUUACAGGUAUUGCAAAUGAGCAGAUUGGAUCUCGUUGGGAUUGGGACGAUGACAGAGGCACGGGCAUGGAUAUCCAAGCUCUUCUCUCUGAAUUUGGUGAUUUUGGCGACUUCUUUGAGAAUGAUGAUCUGCCUUUUGGAGAGCCUCCUGGAACAGCAGAGUCACAGGCUCUUAUGUUUUCUGGUCCAGAUUGUGGCGAAGUUGCUAACAGUCCUAUUGGGGUAAUGGAUGUGGAUCAGAUGCUUCUGCCGGUAGCUUUUCCAUCUUUUGAAAGCUUUAAUCCAUCUCCUGCGGUAGAUGAAAGUGCCAGCAAAAGCCAAGAGACCACACAUAGUGCUCUGGCAUCAGUUCCAGCGAACUGCACUCCACCAUCUUCUUCAGGUGAGUUUGAUCAUUUAAUCAAAGCUGAAGCUUUGAUGACCUUUGCCCCAGAAUAUGGAGCAGUUGAAACCCCUACAAGCGAAUUCUCCUCAUCAAUUUUCAGGAGCCCAUAUUGUCCAAAAUCUCGCCAAGUGGAGAGCUCAAAUUCGAGUUCAAAUAACUAUGCAUAUGGUGCAACACCACCAUCUUCUCCUUGCUUUGAAGGAUCAAAUGAGAAAACUGGCAUGCAGGUGAAUCUGAAAACAGGUCCUGGAAGGUAUGAUGCAAAGAAAUAUUACACCCUUGUGGAAAGUGGGAAAGUGCAACUUGAUAGACGAAUAUUCAUAUCUAACGAAAGCCAUCCUACCAGUGAGGCAAUGGUGCCAUCUCCAUUAUUGACUUCCAAUUCCUCAAAUACUGUCAAAUCUGUCCAGAGGAAAAUGAGCGAUGGCACACUAGGAGCAGAAAGUUUCUUAUUUUCUAUGAAGACUGUUCUGGCAACUGAAGUAGAAUGCAUGAUGUUUCAAGCUUCCAUGUGCAGGAUGCGACACACACUGUUGUCUUCUGGUAACCCUACAUCUGUAAAUUUGAGUAGGUUAAGUGGAAGCACUAUUUUGAAUCAGCUGCAUGGUGAUGCAAGUACCAUGACGGACAGCAUAUCUGGCAGGUAUGAAGUGAAGAAAAAAGAAUCUAUACCAGUUAGAAUAGCUGGGGAUAUGGAUGGUGGAGUGCUAGAUGGGCACCUCAAUGCACCUGUAGGUGUUUGGCGCUCUGUUGGAGUUCCUAAAUUAACAAAACACUCUAGUUCACCAAAUAUUGAAGUUAGUGCGUCCUUGCCACACCAUUCAUUCAGUGAGGAAGGAAUUCUCUCUUAUAGGCAAAGGCAGCAGCCACUGCAGGAGCUUUUGGAUGGCAUGGCAUUGCUUGUCCAACAAGCUACUUCCUUUGUUGAUGUGGCUUUGGAUGCAGAUUGUGGUGAUGGUCCUUAUGGUUGGCUUGCAUUACAAGAACAUUGGAGGCGUGGGUUUUCUUGCGGGCCUUCCAUGGUCCAUGCAGGUUGUGGUGGGACUUUGGCUUCUUGCCAUUCUCUGGACAUUGCUGGUGUGGAACUAGUUGAUCCACUUUCUGCUGAUAUUCAUACUUCUGCAGUGACAACCUUGCUACAGUCUGAAAUCAAAAUAGCCUUGAAAUCUGCAUUUGGGAAUUUGGAUGGUCCAUUAUGUGUUGCUGAUUGGUGCAAGGGCCGCAUUCAGUCAGGUGAUGGAGCAACCACAUGUGAUGGAUCCUUUGGGGAGUCCACUUUAAGUGAAGGCAAAGAUUCUCCAAGCACUGUAACACUGUCUGUUGGAGAACCAAUGAGCCCAGCCCUCUCUUCUGCUGCUGGAUCGACUUCCCUUAAAGAUGGAGCUAAAGGGAUGUCUCCUAAAGUGGAUGAGACAUCCCAAAAGAAAUCGAAUCAGGAAAUAGAGCCAGAGCCGCUUCCCAGGAUAAAGCCAACAGUUUUUGUUCUUCCAUCGCCUGCUAUUCUUGUUGGGUACCAGGACGAUUGGCUUAAGACAUCACCAAGCUCUUUACAACUCUGGGAAAAGGCUCCUUUUGAACCAUAUGCUUCACCAAAACCAAUAACUUAUCAUGUUGUAUGUCCAGACAUCGAUCCCCUUACUUCUGCUGCUGCAGAUUUUUUCCAACAACUUGGAACUGUUUAUGAGACGUGCAAACUCGGAACUCAUUCACCUCAGAUUCUGGGAAACCAAAUGGAGGUGGAUGCAGGGAAAUCUUUGUCGUCUGGUUUUGUACUACUUGAUUGCCCUCAGUCAAUGAAGAUAGAAAGCAGUAAUGCAUCUCUUGUGGGAUCAAUAAGUGAUUAUUUUCUCUCUCUCUCCAAUGGUUGGGACCUGGCAAGCUAUCUUAAGUCUCUUUCAAAGGCUCUCAAGGCUUUAAAAAUUGGUCCAUCGUUAUCAACAAACCCAAAAGAAGGAAAUAGCAGUCCUUGUAUGGUUAUCUAUGUGGUGUGCCCCUUUCCUGAACCUGCUGCAGUUCUACAAACUGUCAUUGAAUCCUCUGUUGCUAUGGGGUCAAUCAUUCCCCCAGCAGAUAGAGAGAGGAGGUCUAUGCUGCUGGGUCAGGUCGGCAAAGCAUUAAGCAGCUUGGCAGCUGUUGAUGAAGCAUCAGCAUCAAAUGUUCUAGUACUUUCAGGGUUUAGUGUUCCUAAAUUGGUAUUGCAAAUUGUUACAGUUGAUGCAAUUUUUAGGGUUACAAGUCCAGCUCUUAAUGAGCUCGUCAUUCUUAAGGAGACUGCUUUCACUGUAUACAACAAGGCCCGGCGAAUUUCUAAAGGAUCUUCAAAUGAUGCUCAAGCAUCAAUGUCAAGUAGAUCUCAUUCAGUAUUAACACAAAUGAGUUCUGUUCCAGCAAUGUGGAAUUCGUUACCAAGAGAGGCUGACAUUGAUUCUAGAUUGAGAGCUGGUACUUGGGAUAACUCCUGGCAAACAACAAGGACUGGAGGCUUGACCUGUGAUCCAAACCGAAAUGGAGAUUUUUCACUUCAAGAUGAAAUUCGCUUCAUGUUUGAACCACUUUUUAUUCUUUCAGAGCCUGGAUCUCUGGACCAAGCUGUCACACCUACAAUUAUUGGUCAUUUAGGUACUGAAUCUUCAAAGCUGCAAUUUGAUGAUACUGGUGGAAGCUUCAUGCAAAGUGCAAGCCCAGCAGGGAGUGUGGAUACUGGAGCUAGCUCACAACAUGAUGGAUCUGAGCCCGAUGGCUAUGGAUCUAGUUAUCAAAAGGCUCUUCCAAGCCUGCAUUGCUGCUAUGGAUGGACAGAGGACUGGCGUUGGCUAGUUUGCAUCUGGACAGAUGCAAGAGGAGAAUUGCUUGACAGCCAUAUAUUCCCUUUCGGUGGAAUUAGCAGUCGCCAGGAUACAAAAGGUUUGCAAUGCCUUUUUGUGCAAGUUUUGCAGCAAGGAUGUCAGAUACUUCAGGCUUGCUCCUCUCCUGAUGCUGGCAGCAUAAAGCCUAGAGAUUUUGUGAUUACCCGCAUUGGAAGCUUCUUUGAGCUUGAGUAUAUAGAGUGGCAGAAAGCCAUUUAUUCAGUUGGGGGUUCUGAGGUGAAGAAAUGGCCACUGCAACUACGGCGAUCAAUGCCUGAUGGGAUGGCUGCAAGCACUAAUGGGGCUUCCUUGCAGCAACAGGAGAUGAGUUUAAUUCAAGAAAGAACACUGCCUUCCUCACCUAGUCCAUUGUAUAGCCCUCACUCAAAAGCAUCUGGCUAUAUGAAGGGUGGUUUGGGGCAACCUUCUUCAAGAAAGCAGCUUAUGGGUGGGCACGCCACAGUUGACCACUCAAGGGGGAUGCUUCAGUGGGUGCAGAGCAUCAGUUUUGUUACCAUUUCAGUUGACCAUUCUUUACAUCUAUUGUUCCAGGCUGAUACACCAUCUCCUGGAGUAAGUGGCAGUGGUGUUGGUGCGUCAAUCUAUCUGGAAGGUAUCACCCCUGUAAAGUCUCUUGGUUCAACAUCAGCAUCUUACAUUUUAGUUCCGUCACCCAGUAUGCGCUUCCUUCCCCCAACACCUCUGCAGCACCCCACAUGCCUCACUGCUGAAUCCCCACCACUUGCACAUCUCCUUCAUAGCAAGGGAUCUGCAAUUCCGCUCUCCACUGCUUUCGUGGUUUCAAAAGCUGUACCUUCCGUGAGGAGAGACCAUAGGAGCAAUUCAAGAGAAGAAUGGCCUUCAGUUCUGUCUGUGAGUCUCAUUGAUUAUUAUGGAGGCAACAAUAUGACCCAAGAUAAAAUGUUUAGGGGGAUGAUGAAGCAGGGCGGACGGACUUUAGGCGCCGAUGGUAAAGAUUUAGAACUUGGGACCCAAGUAAUUCUUGAGAAUGUCGCAGCAGAACUUCAAGCCCUAUCAUGGAUGACUGUGAGCCCAGCAUAUUUAGAGCGACGAACCGCACUGCCAUUUCAUUGUGACAUGGUUUUAAGACUCAGAAGAUUGCUCCAUUUUGCUGAUAGAGAGCUCUCUUCACAGCCUGGUCGAUCGCAGGUAUAA